AUGGAUAGAAUUGAAUAUAAUUAUGAUCCUCAAUAUAUGAUUGAAUCAAUAAAAGGAAAUCAAAGUGAAGCAACACCAACAAAAUCAUCAUCUCAUUAUGAUUCAUUAACAACGAAUGAAAAUCAACGAUAUUCAUUAAAUAAUUAUCCAACAACAACUUCAUCACGUAUUGGUGGAGUUAAUUUAAUUCGUCAAGAUUCUUAUAUAACAGCUGUACGAUCAGCUCAUCAAAAUGAACAAGGCAAUUUUGUUAAUUUGCAUGCUUUUGGUCACCUUGAUUUUUCCUUCAACCCUGAAACACCUAUUCUUCGACGGAAAGUACCUCAAUAUGGAAGAACACAGGAUACAUCAGAAUCAGAAUUAAAACAACGUCGAACAUCAUAUUUAAUUGCAACUGAUCAACGACUAGGAGCAAAUCAAGAAGGUUAUGUACCUUCGAAUUUUGUUAGAACAAAUAAAAAUGAAAAUUAUCCUUAUGAUAUUCAUCAUGAACAACAACAACAACAACAACAACAGAAAUUAAGAAAUGUCCCUGAUAAUCAAACACAAGCAAUUAAAAAAUUAAAGAAUUUUUUUGGUGAAGGAACACCAGAAGUAGCUCAUGCACUUGAUCAUCGAUCAUUAGUAUCUUCACCAUCAUCAUCAUUAAUUAAUCAAUCAAAAUCUAAUUCUUAUUUUGAUAAUAUAACAACAGCAACAGCAACAACAACAAAUCAACCAGAAUCAAUAUCAUUAACAACAAUAUCUGAUAAUUUAGAAGCAUCAAAAGAAGGAAUACUUUAUUGUAAAACUGUAUUAAAAGAUGGUCGUCGUGCACCGGAUCGUUCAUGGCGUGGUGCAUGGGCUGUACUUAGACGUGGUGCUUUAUUUCUUGGUAAAGAAAAAAAACAUGGAUUAUUAAUUCCACUUUCAUAUGAUUCAUUUCCAAUAAGUUUACAUAAUGCUGAUGUUGAAUUAGCAAAUGAUUAUAUUAAAAAACCAAGAGUUUUUAAAUUAAUAACAUCAAAUCAAAGUGAAUUUUUAUUUCAAGCACCAGAUUUACAAUCUUUAGCUGAAUGGUUAGAUGCUAUUAAAGAUAAUUGUAUAUCAUCACAAUCACAACAAGAUAAACAACAAUUAAUUAUUAAUAAGAAAGAUAAAUCUCAAAGAAUAAGUACUUCAUCAUUACCACCUAUUGCACCUACACAUCAUGCUACUAGUGAACAAGAGUAUGUAUCCAUAUUUAAAUAAAACAAUCCUUCG